UUACUCUGCAACAGCUGUUCGAAACUAGGAAAUCGGAAUUGCUCCUUGAAUUUUUUUAUUUUUGUGGGCAACUCCUGCAUUGGAGUCGGCGGUUGCGUAAUAAGGGGCUUCUUCCUGGUUUCUGGUUGGCAGUUGUAGUUGCAGAAUGGCGUUAGCGUUGCGCGUGGCCCGAUUUGCAGCGGUUCCGACGAACUGCUGGCCCCGGGAUCGCCGGCGACUGUUACACCUGUGCAGCAGCAACAGCGAUAACCGGCCGAAGACAUUCUGCAGCCGGAACUUCUCAACGAAACCCGAAGCCGCGGCUCCGGCGCAAAUCAAGCGGAAUGUGGCCGCCGAGAUCACCAGCGUGGGCAAGGUCAUCUACGAAACGGGCUGGGAUGCCAAUAAACCCCUCGACAAGCCACAAAUCCAGCCCACCAGCAGCGACUCCUCCCCUCCGCCGCCCAAAAAACCCGAUGAUGAAAAACGCAAAGAUCUGGACACUCUAAAAUCCAAGCGGGAUCAAAUGCGGGACAACAUGCAGGACUACAUAUUCACCCGCUACUUCAACUAUGUCAAGAACUACGACAAAGUGCUCGAAAAAAACUUUCCCAAGGCCAUGCAGCUGUAUCGGGUGUUUUUCGAUGGCGUUAAGGACUUUUUUGGCGAUAUGAAGCGGUUCCUAAAGAUUGCCCGCAUAGCCAACGAUUCGCCCCAGGGAAUCCGCGCCCUAAAUCGUCAGGAGCUGGAGCUGUACAUGCAAAUGCCGCGGGACAUGAUGAAGGUGGCGCCGGCUCUAAUUGGCUGCUCCCUCCCAAUGGUGGGCUACGCCUUCUUUCCCCUGGUCUUCUGGUAUCCCCGCUCCUUUCUCACUGCUCACUUUUGGACUUCGCAGCAGCGCUCCGAGUUCCAGAGUUACUACAUGAAGCGGCGACUGGGCAACAACAAGGAUGUCUUCCGCUGCCUGCAGGCCAAGCUCAAGGCGACGGCCUCGCAUCCCAAAAACUCGGCCUUUGCGGAUAUCCUGGGACAGCUGGGAAGCGGCACACACCCCACGCCUGAAAUGCUAAUAGAUGUCAAGGACAUUUUUGCCGAUGGACCCUACUCCUUGCUGGGCAUGUCGCGAAAACACGUCAGAAACCUUGUCAACCUUCAUGGACUGCCUAGCAGCAUCUUCAAGAGACAUCGCCUCCACGAGCACGCGUUUCUGGUGCACUACAUGGACCAGGCCAUCACCCGCGAAGGCGGAGUUCACAACUUGACACCGGAGGCUUUACGCUACUCCUGCUAUCUGCGCGGAUUGAAUCCCGAGAGCCUCACUAGCGAGGCCAUGAUCGAGUGGCUGCGCAAGUGGGUCAAGGUGUCAACUUCGAUACAAGGCGAACAUAUCACGCUGUUCCUGCACUUGCCCAUCCUGCUGGGCUACAACCAUCCCAACAACUGGAAGACCAUCUACGGCAAGUGUCCCACUUGAGCGGGGCUUUGUUCGUUCUCUAUUUGGUAGACUGUGCUUUAAAGAUUGGACUGUUAAGAGAUCAUAUUGUUUCUUGAGAGCAAAUAAAACUGUUAAAUCCAAAAAAAAAGUA